AUGGCCAUCAAAGAGAUGGAUUCAUUUAAAGCAGGGUUUCCCAACGUGAUUCCAGCGUUGAAGUACAACAUGCUGUUCAUCCCCACCAAGAAGGGGAAGAGCAUGAUGGACAUUUAUUUGGACAACUUUGAGAACUGGAAUUGCUCGGAUGGGAUCAAGCACAACUUGUUCCAGGACUACCUUCUGAUGGAUACAGUGUAUCCUGCCAUAGCCAUUGUGAUUGUCCUCCUGAUCAUGUGCAUCUACACCAGGUCUAUGUUCAUCAGCCUGAUGACCAUGUUUGCCAUCAUCAGUUCCCUCAUUGUUUCCUACUUCCUCUACCGGAUAGUCUUUGGCUUCAAGUUCUUCCCCUUCAUGAACCUCACUGCCCUGAUCAUCCUAGUGGGGAUCGGGGCCGACGAUGUGUGGAACCACACUAAGUUCGACAAUCCCCAGGCGGAGCUGGUGGAGACCAUGAGCAUCACCCUCAACCACGCUGCCCUCUCCAUGUUUGUCACCAGCUUUACCACCGCCGCUGCCUUCUACGCCAACUACGUCAGCAACAUCACUGCCAUCUGGUGCUUUGGGGUAUACGCCGGCACUGCCAUCCUGGUCAACUACGUGCUGAUGGUGACCUGGCUGCCAGCAGUGGUGGUGCUGCAUGAGCGCUGCCUGCUGCACCUGUUCCAGUGUGGGGACGGGCGGGCACGGUACCACGGCUGGCCCGCCCAGCUGCAUCACCGGCUCCACCGCCUCCUGCAGGCCGCCUCCCACACCUCCCACGUCUUCUUUGAGAAGGUACUACCGUGCAUCAUCAUCAAGUUCCGCUACAUCUGGCUGUGCUGGUUCCUGGCGCUGACCGUGGGCGGCGCGUACAUCGUCUGCAUUGACCCCAAGAUGAAGCUGCCCUCGCUGGAGCUCUCUGAGUUCCAAGUCUUCCAGUCAUCCCACCCCUUCGAGCGCUAUGACGCCGAGUUCCGCCGCCUCUUUGUCUUCGAGCGGGUCCACCACGGUGAGGAGCUGCACUUGCCUAUCACCCUGGUGUGGGGCGUCUUGCCAGUGGACACCGGCGACCCCCUCAACCCCCACAACAAGGGACGGCUGGUGCUGGACUCCACCUUCAACGUGGCCAGCCCGGCCUCCCAGCUGUGGCUGCUGCACUUCUGCCAGCAGCUGAGGAACCAAACCUUCUACCGGCAGAGCGAGGAGCAGGACUUCACCAGCUGCUUUGUGGAGACCUUCCGGCAGUGGAUGGAGAACCAGGACUGUGAGGAGCCCAGCCUCUACCCCUGCUGCAGCCAGUCCACCUUCCCCUACAAGCAGGAGGUCUUUGAGCUGUGCAUCAAGCGGGCCAUAAUGGAGCUCGAGCGCAGCACAGGCUACCACCUGGACAGCAAGACCCCCGGCCCCCGUUUCGACAUCAAUGACACCAUCCGGGCUGUGGUGCUGGAGUUCCAGAGCACCUACCUCUUCACCCUGGCCUACGAGAAGAUGAGCCGCUUCUAUGCCGAGGUGGACGCCUGGGUGUCGGAGGAGCUGAGAGGAGCCCCCGCUGGACUCAGCCAGGGCUGGUUUGUCAGUGGCCUGGAGUUUUUCGACCUGCAGGACAGCCUGUCUGACAGCACCCUGGUAGCCAUGGGGCUGUCGGUGGCCAUGGCCUUCGGCGUCAUGCUGCUGACCACACGCAACCUGGUGAUCAGCCUCUACGUCAUCGCCUCCAUUGCCGGCACCAUCUUCGUCACCGUUGGCUCCCUGGUGCUGCUGGGAUGGGAGCUCAACGUGCUGGAGUCAGUUACCAUCUCGGUGGCUGUGGGUCUGGCAGUCGACUUUGCCGUACACUAUGGGGUGGCCUACCGGCUUGCCCCUGAGGCCGAUCGUGAGGGCAAGGUGGUCUUUUCACUCAGCCGUAUGGGUUCAGCGAUCGCCAUGGCUGCGCUGACCAGCUUUGUAGCAGGGGCCAUGAUGAUGCCCUCCACUGUGCUGGCCUACACCCAGCUAGGCACCUUCAUGAUGCUUAUCAUGUGCGUUAGCUGGGGCUUUGCCACCUUCUUCUUCUAGUGCCUGUGCCGCUGCCUGGGGCCACAGGGCUCCUGCGGGCAGAUACCCUUGCCCGCUGGCGGAGCCCGCCCCCCUCCACCCCCCACCACACCACGCCCAGCGGGGGGCCCCGGCCCGAGGACUUUGAGCUGGAGCCGCUGGCUGGGGGACCCAAGGGUGUCGGGAUGUCUGACCCUGGCUCUUCAAUGGGAGCCGGGCACCUGCCUACCAGCCUGCCACCCCUCCUCCUGCCACUGGGACUGA